CAAAAUGAACAUAAAAUUUUUAUGAUUAGUUACGGAUAACGAAUUGCUAAUGUCAGGUUAGUCGUCAAAAACAACUUCCUCAAAUUCUUAUCCUGAUUUAAUUCGUUAAGUAUGAAUUAUUCUGAUAGAAAACGGUUGGAUUUUUAUGACCCCGAAAAUAAAUUAACGUUCACAAUACAUUUAAGUGAAGAGGAGCAUCAUCGUGCAAGUACAGAUGUUACUUAUGCUACAAAGUUAUUUGCUCGGUAUAAGAGCAGAAUGAAAGAAAACGCAGAAAUGCCCUUGAGGGAUAUAGAAAGUAUACAGGUUGACAAUGUGGUGGAUGGAGUUUGGUCCGAACAAGAAACCCAAUUAUUAAUAUCGUUGUAUGCGGAUCAUUUGGAGGAUUUUACACAUGCCAAAAAAAAAAAAUUUGUAUGGGAUAUUAUUUCUGAAAAAAUGUGUGCCUAUGAUUACAAGAGAACUGCUGCCAAAAUUGAACGGAAGUGGAUUAAUUUGGUCCGAGUUUAUAGGUCCAUAAAAGAUAACAAGGGACCAAAGAAAUCCGGACGUGGGACUCAGUCCUACAAGUAUUUUCAGUCACUUGACGAUAUAUUAGGUGAUAAACCAUCAAAUAACUCUGAUGUAUUAAGUGUUGAAGUCGGUGUAGUAAACCAAACCCAAACACAACAACAUGCAGAGCAUACAUUAGGAAAUACACCUCAAACUUCGAAAAGAAGAAGUGGAAGUAAUGAAUAUUAUAUGUUAGCCAAACAAAGAAGGCAUGAAGAAAGAAUGGAAAUGGAAAGACAAAAGUUAGAAGUGGAAAAAUCAAAGACAGAAUUAUUGAAAGAAAUUUUAGAAAAGUUACAAGGGACAGACAGUACAUAGAUUAUUAGUUAUUUUAUUAC